GACAUUCGGCGCUGUCUUCACGAGCCCUUUAAGAAGUUUUGCCACCAGUGCGAGUGAAGACUCGAGCCUUCUGAAGCUUUGUUUUGUUUUGUUUGUUUGUUUGAGUUAUUCCCCUUUUUGUUCCGCUUAUUCGCGUUAGUCUCCCACGGUAUACUCGAAACUCGCGUAAUGGCUGAGAUAUCGAAAGGGGUCAACGCCGGGAAAUUGGCUAGUAAUGUACAGAAAAGGAUAACCCGAGCACAGGAGAAGAUGAUGCAGAAGCUGGGGAAGGCUGAUGAAACCAAAGACACAGAAUUUGAGGAGGGCGUGGCUAACUUCAGCAAGCAGCUGGCAGAAGGCACUAAAUUGCAGAGAGACCUGCGAGCAUACCUGGAAGCAGUCAAAACAAUGCAAGAGUGCUCAAAGCGACUACAAGACUGCCUAGCAGACAUGUAUGAACCAGACUGGUUUGGGAAGGAGGAAAUGGACAUCAUCACUGAGGAAACAGAUGUUCUGUGGGGAGAUUUCCAUCAGAAGCUUGUGGACAGUGCACUCCUCUCAGUGGAUGCCUACAUGGCUCAGUUUCCUGAAAUUAAGGCACGCAUCGCUAAACGUAACAGGAAGCUGGUGGAUUUUGAUAGUGCCAGACAUCACUUUGCCUCUAUACAGAAAAGUAAGAAGAAGGAUGAGGCCAAAAUUGCCAAGGCAGAGGAAGAGUUGGGAAAAGCCCAAAAGGUGUUUGAAGAAAUCAGUUAUGACCUUCAAGAGGAGCUCCCGUCUUUGUGGAAAAGUCGUGUUGGUUUCUAUGUGACCACCUUUCAGAGUGUAGCCAGGCUGGAGGAGACGUUCCACAGAGAGAUGGGCAAACUGAACCACAAUCUGUGUGAUAUUAUGACCAAACUUGUGGAACAGCGACAGACUAAAAAUGCUACUAUGAAAGCUACUGAGAAGAGUAAAGUAGAAGCCAACCACAAUGUCACAGCAGAGUCUGGGUCUGACAUAACUAAACCAGCAUCUAAGACACAUGCAGACACAUCGGUGACCAAUGGCGGAUCUAAUAUUGAGCUUCCUCCAGGAGUUCUGUACAAGGUGAAAGUGAUACAUGACUAUGCAGCCACAGACAAUGAUGAGCUGGACCUCAAAGCUGGGGACAUUGUGCUUGUACUGCCCUUUGUCAGCCCUGAUGAGCAGGAUGAAGGAUGGUUGCAAGGUGUGAAAGAAUCACACUGGCUUCAAAAUAAGGACCUUACUGCUAAAGGUGUAUUCCCUGAAAAUUUCACCCAGAGGUUGUAAACAGGGUAUCUGUAUUUAUGCUCCUUCUUAACUAUUUCUGUUUCAACCAUUCAAAGCACCUUUUUUUCAUUUGCUGUCCUGUUCUUCUAGUUUGGAUAAAUAAAUACAUCCCUAGGUUUUGUUUUAAAGAAAUUAUUUCCUGCACUGUGAUAUCAUGGCUAGAGGUAGAAUGCAUUAUAAAUCGACAUCCCAUUUUAGAGUAAUCUCUGAAUGUGACAUUAGUAAACCACUUUUAAAAAAACACUUGCAAAAUAUGGUGUGUACUUCUUAACAUUUCUACUGAUCAGUUAUCAUGUGAUUAUGUAUGUAAUUGGCUAUAAGAUCGAUGGUUUCAGAGAAAUACAUCCAGAAAGAAUUGAAGAAAUAUGAGUAAUGAGUGAAAUUAAUAUUUUGUAACUUGUGACUAGUUGACUAGUACUUUUCUGCCUGAUUUGUGAUCUAGAUCCUCUUCCUACUUAUAUUUUAGGGUUCUAUUUCACUCCUUCUAACCACCAGGAGGUAGUGGUUAACAUCUGGACAUUUGCUUGUGCACAUAUACACAAACAUGCUGAGACCAUACCACAAAGUCAUGUGGUGGCCGUAUAAAAUAGCAGAGUAGAAAAUACCACUGUCAAUGGCUAUCUGUCCAUUUUAUUCUUCUUGCCUUGUACACAGGCCUGACCUUUGUGUGUCUUGGAGAUACCUACAUGACAGCUUGUGACUACCAGCAUAACACUCACUCUUUGUGGUUAGCCAUAGAGUUUAAUGCUUUACACUAUAUACACAGCUUCAGCUCUGAGUGAUUACAAGCCAUCCUGCAGGAUUCACACAUGCAACCAAUGUUUAAGCUCACUGGUGGCUGCAGAUGAACACCAACUAUGUGUCCAGUGCCUCUGCCUUCACAUUUAUCUGUGACAUAUAGGCCACGUCUGUGCUGCAGCUUCACUGGCCUCACUAUACAAUUCCCAGUGGGAUGAUUAAAUCUGACACCUUUCUGGUCAGUUCUAGGGUGAGCUGGUUCCUUGUGACAUUGUGGUAUAGGUUAUCCAGGCCUUAAACACCACACCCAGGUGAUCACACAAAACCAGAGACAAGAAGCUUUCAGGGACAUAUAGCUAUGGGGCAAGGUAUUUUAUAGGAAAAACUAUGUCAUAUGGUCAACAUGUGACUAUGUAGUAAAGUCUCAACAUGUGUGUGGAUGAAAACAAAAGGUUUCCAGGUGUUAAACACUCCUGUCAGUUAUCCAGUGUUCACAGACCCACAGUUAUAUGUGUAACUAGUGUUUUAAUGUUUGGUUUGGUUACUUUAUUGUAGUCACCAGUUAUGGGAAUAAUGUGACAAUGAUUAACAGUGCUUGUCUGUAACAAAACCAAAUUGGUUAUACUGUAUUAAAAUGGAUUGCUUUAAA